CUUUUUAUUUUAAAAGACAUCAAGAUAAAAAAAAUCGCAUUUUUCACAUGGGAGAUGAACAUGUAAUUUCUGUUGCUCAGAAGAUCAUCUUCAAGAAGAUUUUUUAUCAUACAUCAUUCAACGGAGUUUCAUAUGUUGAUUUCGAAUAAGUCAUUGGUUUUGAAUAGAAAUGCUUUACAGCCAGCAAAAGAGGAACUCAGCUGAAAAUCUGUUGUACGAUCCAGGAAUGUUUAUGCUAUCUGUGCUGAUGCAGGUCAUAUAGAAGGACUUGUAGGUAAAGUGUGAGUAGACUUAAAUUGGUGCUAAGAGAUGCACAUUCAUUUUACUAUAACGAAGUGGUUUGGAAAAUUCAUUGUAGAAAUGUUCAUCUUAUUCCUCAAAGGUGGCGACUCAAAAUAAAAUUUUUGCUUUACUAUUAGAUAGUAGAGAAUGCACAAAUUUUAGAAUAUAUAUUGCUUUUUGCCAUUUAGUUGGUUGCAUCUUGAAUAAAAAUCAAUUUUUAGUAAUUUAGCAAUAUUUUUAGGCUAAUGUUAGAUCAGGGGAUUUUCUACGCUAUGAAAUAAUUUUUACACAAUCAGAAAGAGCGUAUUUCCAAAUAUAUCAAUCACUAUCUAAAUCAUUGAAAACUCGAUUUUCGUUUUUUCACCUAAUAUUCACGCGCCUACCUCCCCACACAAUAGACAGCCUGGCGAUAAAAUCGAUUCAUGAUAUCUGAAUCUAGUUUGUAGCUAGCAAUAAAUCUACUAUGAAUCUGCAUUUAAUUACACUUUGAAUUCUAAUUGCAAAUGAGUAGCUGUCUUGCAAUAGCUAUUACCAAAUAGAUAAAAUAAUAUAAAUAAAACGUAUGUUUCAAAUUGAAGUUUUAAUGAUAUUCAUUAGAUGUUAUAUAGUUAUUCAGCGUUAUAUAUUUACUCGAUACACUACAGGCCGUUUGAAUUUACUGAAGAUCCUUCUUCUUCAUUAGAACUAAAAAAUAAUGACUGGUGAAUAUGUAACUUUUUUUCCGACGCUUUUAUUUAAAUUUGAAUUUACUAUCGGAUUGAGCAUUUUACCACCAAACUUAAGUUGGAUGCACUAGCAUAUGGAUCCAAACCCUUGUGGGCAUCAAUAGUCCCAAAUAUAACCUCCGAUACAGACCUGUCCUAAUUGACUUCUACUAUGAUCAUUCAUUUUUCGAAUUGAUGAAGGUUCAAAUAAAUAAUACAAGUUAGAACUUAUACAUUUUUCAAAGUUUUACAUUGAUUGUUGAAUUCUAAACACAAUCUAUAGAUGGUAUCUAUUUGUCAGAAAUUUUUCCAGUGAAAGAAGCUAGAUAAUCACAAUUAAUUAGCGUCAGCUAUCCAAAAUUUAAAAAAUUAUUUUUCGAAAGAAUCUAUUUGCUCAAAUAUACUAUAGUUUGUUUUUCCGUAUCAGGCAACUAAUAUACUUAAUUUAUUCCUAGAUGAUACGUCAUAAAAUUCUGAGAAGUUGUUGUUUUGAAAAUAUUGAUCGAAACUAAUUGAACUUGAAAAGUUCAUAAAAAUGCUAGAAAAAUAAUCAUAAUAAAUAUCCGGAUGUCUUUUACCAAUAGCUCGAAAUAUCAAAUAUAAAAAAACAAAGAAAUUAUUUAUUUAGGCCAAGUGUUAUUUAGCAUAUUUUUAAAACAACAUUAUAAUUAAUUGAAAAAUCUGAAUUUAAUGUUAAUGAAUUAUCAGUAUUAUUUGAUGAUGUUCUUAAUCCAAUUGCUGCUAAAGCUCAACAUUUUUGGAUUUGGAUGGUUGGAUAAAUGAUCCUCAAUCAGACAGUGAAGAUGAAUCGAUAACAACAAGUUCAUAUUAUGAUAAUAAAGGUUUAUUUUAUGAUGAUAAUGGAAAAAAUUAUAAUUCUAAUUCAUACUCUGGUGAUACAUUAAGUUAUCAAAAAUCGAAAAAAUAUAUUGAACCAACUGCUGAAGAAUUAGAAAAACAACGAGAAUCAAAAAAACAAAGUGAACAAAUGAAUCCAUUCUAUUUAAAAGAUUUAAAAAAAAAACCAAAAUUGACACAAAUAAGUUUUUAG